CCCACUUGCAGUGCAAAGACCACAAGCAAGAAGACUCCGAAGCCGGGAGUAGAAGUACCAACUAUUUUUUAUUCUGGAGCUUAGAAAGAAACAAAGACACGCGAAAACGGACUGUCUUGCUGGAGCUCCGACAACAACCAAUUUGUCCCUUCGCUAUACGCCGCUUCCAUCCUUUCGGAUAGGCUAUAGCAACUAAACGAAGUUGGUAGUAAACUCUUUGGAGUUUGGUUAGAGUCGCUUUUCAUUUUUCUUUGCUUGUGAGAGUGGACUGCACUGAAACUUGGGAUCGAUCCCCGCUCCGGGGUUCGAGGGUUUUGGACCUGGCGCAUUCUUUCGGCGGUCUGCAAAGAACUGCGAAAGUUUUUGGCCAGAGGCUCAGAUCUGAAGUCUUUGAGGUCUAGUCAGACUUUUUUUUUCCGAGAGACGAACUCAGCAGCUGCUACCAGAUCCGAUCCGAGACGCUUGGACCGGACCGGUUAGAGAGCCGCUGAUAAGACUUCAAAGAAGCAUCUUUCGAGAUCCCUCUCUGAGGUAACAAAUACUCUGAUGCAUUAAAACAAAAGCAAUCUUCAGAGGGGUUUGCGAAGAUAAUCAAGAGAUCUGAAUCAAGUGCAGUAACUUGCAACAAAGAAAUCAAAGAAAAAAACAGAGUUAAAACAACAGAUUUCAGCAACACCAUCCUCUAUCUCAGCCGACCCAAUGGCGUGGUCAGCUCUUACCGGCCCCUGUGUGGCCCUCAUCCUGCUCUUCUUCGGUUUGACCUCCUGCACUCCCUCCGGACCGGCCUCUGCAACCUGUGCCACCUUGGAGCAGAGCCGCUUCUUUGGUGUGUUCUCCUCCACGACCACCCUACCCUCUGCGCCUUGCUCCUGGACCCUGCAGAACCCCGAUCCACGCCGCUACAACGUCUACAUGAAAAUCACCAAGCCCACCGACUCCUGCGUGCCCCGCCAAAUCAGGACCUUCCAGUUCGACUCCUUCAUCGAGACCUCUCGCACCUACCUGGGUAUGGAGAGCUUCGACGAGGUUGUCAGGUUGUGUGAUGCGUCCACUACCGUCACCUACCUGGAGUCAAGCAAGCAGUUCCUGCAGAUCCGCAAGGUGGCCCCAAGGAACGCCCUAGAGGCCAUCGGGGAAGAGCAUGGCGUCAGCGAGUUCAAGGCCGAGUUUCUGGUUGUGGGGAAGAGGAACCCAAGCAUGCCCGCCUGCCAGAUGUUGUGCCAGUGGUUGGAAAAAUGCCUGAACAGCAGUACCCAUGAUUAUCCCUGUGGCAUCAUGAACACCCCCUGCCAGUGCUGGGAGGCCCCAAAGAGGAAGCCAGGAAGCUGCUACAGAGGUGGCGUCUAUGUUGAAAAAUGCACCCCUGUUUCCAAAGACAACGGACGUGAUGCUGAGAUUAUUAAGAGCUGGGCAGUCUGGGGCCGCUGGUCCGUGUGUAGCCAGGAGUGUGGCGGCGGAGUCCAGGUGCGCAGCCGAACCUGCCAGCCCGAGGAUGGAGUGUGUGAGGGAACAGUGGAGGAAGGCCGUGCCUGCAACCCUCAGGCCUGCAUUGGCAAAGAGAGGAGCAGGAGCCAAGGUCUCCGUGCCAUUAUUGGUCUGAAAAGAGAUAACGCUGAUGAGUCCCACCCUGGAGCUGUUGCAACUCAAACUGACACUAAGACAGAUGAGUGGGCAUCCUGGAGCGCGUGUUCAGUCACCUGUGGGGAGGGAUGGCAGAGUCGUCUGCGCCUCUGUGCAACUUCUUCCUUCAUCACCCAGUGCACUGGAGCCCUCCGUGAGAACAGACCAUGCAACAACUCCGUCGUCUGCCCUGUGAAUGGUGCUUGGGAUGAGUGGACCCCCUGGAGUCUGUGCUCCUCCACAUGUGGUCGCGGUUACCGUGACCGUACCCGCACCUGCAAGCAGCCCCAGAAUGGAGGACAGCCUUGCCGCGGAGCCACAAGACAAACCAAGUUCUGCAACAUCGCUGUCUGCCCAGUGGAUGGAUCCUGGAAUGAGUGGUCUGCCUGGACUACCUGCUCAGCCUCUUGCUCCAAUGGCACCAUGCAGAGAACCAGGGAGUGCAACGGGCCAUCUUACGGAGGCUCAGAGUGCCACGGUGGCUGGAAAGAGACAGCGAACUGCUUCCUGAAAGAAUGUCCCGUUAAUGGAACUUGGCAUCCAUGGAGCUCAUGGGGAAGCUGCAGCAAGACUUGUGGUGGAGGCAUCCAGCAGAGACAGAGAGCCUGUGAGGGACCUUUCUUUGGAGGAGAACCUUGCCCCGGUGAAACCAGGGAGCAGAAACGCUGCAGUGAGAAGAGAUGCCCUGAGCCCCAUGAGAUCUGUCCUGAGCAGAACACCGGAGACAUUGUGUGGAAGAAAACCCCCGCUGGAGAUGUUGCUGCCGUUGCCUGCCCUGCUGAUGCCUCAGGUCUGAUUCUGCGUCGCUGCACCCUCGACGCUGUAGGUCUCGCUUCUUGGGAGAACCCCACUUACAUCCAGUGUGUUUCCAAGAACUACGAGAACAUUCAGAUGCUGUCAAGGGACUACAUCUCCAAAGCACAGAUUGGGCAAAGCAUUGAUGGUGUUGCCGAGGUGAUUUCCCGCUUGAGAUUCUCCUCUGAUGAAAAAGCCAAGUACAGCGGUGACCUUUUGGCCAUAAUGGAGAUCCUGAAGAACACCACAGAGUUGUACAAGGGAACCAGACUGAGGCUGAGCAACGCUGAUGUGGAGAACUACGUCCAGACCAUCAGCAACCUACUGAAGGAGGAACACCGUGACAAAUGGGAAGAGGCACAACUGAUGGGUGCCAACAUCAAGGGGUUCCUCCGCCUUGUCGAGGACUUUGUGAACAUGAUCGGCACACAAAUGAGCGGCUUUCAGGACAUUUAUGAGGUCACCGAGAAUUUAGUGCUGAGCAUCCACAAGCGCCCAACAACCACAAGCUCUAACUUCACCUUCCCCGUGAAGGGCUGGAGGGGGAUGCUGGAUUGGGUAAGGACCUCUGAGGAGAAGAUCUCCGUGGCCCGUGACGCUCUGUCACUCAAACCAUCUGAAGGCAAUGAUGCUUUUGUGACCGGCAUUGUCCUCUACAGAAACCUCGCUUCAAUUAUGUCCUUCCACAGCAACACCACCCUGCUCAACUCCAAGGUGGUAACCGUGAUUGUCAGUCCCACCCCGACCCUCCUGUCGACCCCCGUGGAGAUCGAGUUCCCCCACCUGCACAAUGGCACCGUGAAUGAAACAUGCCUCUCAUGGGACGAGAGCGAGACCUCCUCUCUUCUUGGCUCUUGGUCUGCGCGGAGCUGCAGAGCGGUGCCCGUUCAUUCACACAGAACCAAAUGCGUGUGUGACAGCCUCUCCACCUUCGCCAUUUUAGCACGCGUCAACUUCGACUCGAUCAUGGACAAGGCAAACCUCCCGUCCGUUACGCUCAUCGUCGGCUGUGGGGUCUCUUCCCUCACCUUGCUGCUCCUCAUCAUCAUCUACGUCUCGGUUUGGAAGUACAUUCGCUCAGAGCGUUCCGUGAUCCUCAUCAACUUUUGCCUCUCCAUUAUAUGCUCAAACGCCCUCAUUCUGGUCGGACAAACCCAGGCUCGCAACAAGGUGGUGUGCACUCUCGUAGCUGCCCUGCUGCACUUCUUUUUCCUCUCGUCUUUCUGCUGGGUGCUGACAGAGGCUUGGCAGUCCUACAUGGCUGUCACUGGUCGUCUGCGCAACCGCAUCAUCCGCAAGCGCUUCUUGUGCUUGGGCUGGGGACUUCCUGCUCUGGUAGUCGCUGUGUCUGUGGGUUUCACCAAAGCUAAGGGAUAUGGCACCGUCAACUACUGCUGGCUGUCUCUUGAGGGCGGACUCCUCUACUCUUUCGUUGGACCCGCUGCCGCUGUUGUUUUGGUGAAUAUGGUCAUUGGUAUUCUAGUCUUUAACAAGCUCGUUUCCAAGGACGGCAUCACUGACGUGAAACUGAAGGAGAGAGCUGGGGCAUCACUGUGGAGCUCCUGCGUGGUUCUCCCUCUCCUUGCUCUCACCUGGAUGUCUGCUGUCUUGGCCAUCACCGACCGGCGCUCCGCCCUUUUCCAGAUCCUGUUUGCCGUUUUCGACUCUCUGGAGGGCUUCAUCAUUGUCAUGGUCCACUGCAUCUUGCGUAGAGAGGUUCAGGACGCUGUGAAAUGCAGAGUAGUUGACCGCAAAGACGAUGGGAAUGGAGACUCUGGCAGUUCUCAUCACAACGGCCACCCCCAGCACAUGCAGUCUGAUAAUGAAAAGGACGGGGACUCAAACAGACAAGGAAUGAUGAGUUCUUCUGAAGAAAAGAUGACUCCUCCUCAGAUGCAACUUCCAAUGGGCUCCAACUUCCACACCCUGCCAUCCAAGGGCAGCCACAUGCAGGCUGUCCCCGAGUACUCCAGCCACACUCUCACCCUGAAGAGAGAGAAAAGCCGCCUGCCCGGAGGGGUCGACCCCACCUGCGGGAACCCCGUGUACGUCUGUGAGGGGGAGCUCUUCAAGCAACUCGACGUGGACCUGGCUCUGGCUCAGGCGGAGGGCAGCGUCUCCGACGGCAGCGGCUACGUCCUUCUGCCCAACACUACGUCCACCCUGAGGUCCAAACCCAAAGAUGACCCGACAAAGUACAACAUCAGCGUGGAUCAGCUGCCGCAAGCCCGGCUCAUGCACCUCGGCGGACCCUUCGCCGAGCCCCAGGCUGCCUUCGGGAUAGGCUCAAUCCCAGCCGACCAGGUCAGCGUGUCGUACUCAGAGAGGGACUCACCCAUCCAGAACAUCCACAACAUGUCCAGCGAGUCGCACAUCACCCACAGCAGCUUGGAGAACACCUUCGAGUCCAUGAACUCAAUGAUGUCCAAGAGCGAGACUAUCUCCACCCUGUCCAUGAGCUCCUUGGAGCGACAGAAAUCCCGUUAUGCAGAGCUGGACUUUGAGAAAAUCAUGCACACCAAGAAGCGCCACCAGAACAUGUUCCAGGACCUGAACAGGAAGCUGCAUCACACCGAGAAAGACAGAGAGUCCCCAGCAUCUGACAGCAAGUCUGUGAGAUGGAGUGUGUCUUCAGGAGGAAGUGACAAAACAAACCACAGCGACAAACAGCAGGCUCCCAUGGAGAGGUCGUGGGAAGGGGUCCGGGGGAUCCCUCAGUCGCCGCCCGCAUGGGUGCGUAAAGACAUGGAGCCUCUCGCCGCCUCACCUCUGGAGCUUCACUCUGUGGAGUGGGAGAAGACGAGCACCACCAUCCCUCUGGUGGGGCAGGACAUUAUUGACCUGCAAACGGAGGUCUGAGGGGGAGUAGGGGGGCCAAGCGAAGCCGCCUUGUUUCACCUCGGUCACCUUUUUUGGUUCAGGAAUGGGAUCCUUUCAUGGAUGACGGUAGACGAACCAAAAGAGGAAGGAAGUAGCUCCCAGAAUCAUUGUCUUCAAACCCUCAGCCAGAGCGAGAAGGGUAGGAAGAGAAGGAAGUGAUGGAAGAGUGUGGGGUUGAUGGCAAUGGGGAUGUUUAAUGUAGCUUCUCAGUGGUGGAGUCUCACCCGAGUGCUCCUACAGCUCAAAGAAUGGGUUGGCGGGAGAGGUCAGUGGCGUCCACGGGCUGGGACUGUCUGUGGCUCCAUAGACGCUUCCCCCCGGCAGUUUUCCUGGACCCCUGCAACCCGGGGCUUUCAGAGGAUGUGCUCGACAUGUCUGUGCUUCUCUUUUAUUCCUUCAAAUCGACUUUGGAGAAAAAAAAAAUUAAGUAACAUUGAAAAACUUUAAAAAUCCUCCCUGCUUCCCGGGAGGCACAGCCGGAACUCUCUUCCACGACGAGACAAAACGCAAAAGAGAGAGAGAGAGAGAAAAAAAAAAGGGAUUUCAUCCUCCAAGACGAUGGACUUUAGCAAAUGGGCACACACUUUGGUUUUCUUUUUUCGUGCAGUGUUUUUAUUUUUCUCUUUUCGAGUUUUUCAGCACCCGAAUCCAACUAUCGCGAGCAGAAAAUGAGACUCUUUGUUUGAGACAAAAACAUUUCUGAAGACAAGUUAAUUCACCUUGGUAGUGCUUCUCACUGGGUUUGUCUUUGCUAUUAAUUAUUUCCAGUGCUUUGUCUAUAGUUUUGAGUUGUCUCCCCUUUUAGUCAUCUCUGUUGUUUUAUGUUACCCAACAAUACAACAAAAACAGGAUCUAAUGCAUCCACAAUGUGUUGUGAGCCCAUAUGGUCUGCAUCGGGACAAACAUAUUGAGUGGCGAUGGAAGUGCCGGUUGGUUGGAUUUCCUGGUAACCACAGUAUUCCGCUUUGACACCAUAACACCAGCACCAGGAUGAACACGGACUCUCACACGGAAAGAGCAGUGCACUCUUGGGAAUUGCUGGCUGGACACCUGGCACAAAGAUGCAGGCUCUUCCAUGUCGUACAUGCGGAUUUUAAAGGCCUUUUCAUCAUCGCACUUUUUUUGUUUCUCAGCCUUGCAGGACUCUUGGACUGAGCAGAGACUUCGACACAUUUUGUGUUUUCAGCCAUCAAGUGUGUAACAGUGCAAUAUGAUGGGCGCUUGAUGCUCAAGCAAUGACUGAUAUUAUGAUCUAGGCAGAGUUUUUUCCUACCGAUACUUUGAAAAAUUUUAUACCAUCUUCCAUAUAUAUUUACAGUGCAAAUAGAUGCUUUAUGAGAAUAUUGUAUUAGGAAUUUAUCCACUAGAGGUUUGUUUGCACAAGACUCCAUAUUUGGAGUUGUCUGUGAAAAUUAAGCAUUCUUCUAUAUUUAAAAAAAGAUGAUAUAGAGUGAAUGAGUCUCUGAUUAUCUCCUAAUUGUUCUUCAGGAUAUUUGUUAUUACUCUCCGCUGUAAAGCAGUGGGUAAUAUAACCUCAUGUCUUCUGUAACAGUGUGUUACUAUAACUCGACUGUAUGUUCUACCAGCCAAUUCCUGAUAUGUUUUUUUAUUUCCUUGUCCUGCCUAAAACCCGACUUUAGUUACCUGUAUUGAGUAAUUUCUUGUCGAGAUUUCUGUUUUAACCUAUGUAAAUGUACAGUUUUCACAGCACAAAAAUGAUUGUGAAAUAUUUCUAAUAAAACAAAAACCAAUAUCAAAUUA